CACACCGAAACGAUUACACUUUCAUUUACACUCACGCAUUCGAUUUGAAUGUUUUGAAUGGAAUAAAUUCGAUUUGCUUGUUAAAGUGAAAAAAAACCUAUCUCUUUUACCAUAAAUCAAUCGAUAAUUUUUGAACAAAAUUAUCAUAAAACACGUAUCAUCUUUUGAAUUUGCAAAUAUUUUUUUUCAUCUUCUACAAUCUCCCACCCUCACAUCUGUGUUAUCAAUCGAUCUCAGGCAAUAACAAGUUAUGGUGAAAUUACAACAAUCCACAAUGCCAACAACGACAACAGAAUCAACAACAACGUUGCCAAUAGGAUUGAUAAUGAAUAGUGAAAAGCCGCAGUCGCAAAAACGAUCAUCAUCAUCGGCUAUAAACGUCGUCGAUUAUUAUGAUCAUGAAGAUGAUCAAAAAGAAUCUUUCAGUCUUGUUCAAUACCUUUUAUCUAGCUGUGGUUUACAACAUUUGUCUACAAUGAAACAUUUGGAUUCUCUCGAUAUACUUUAUGCGGUCGGUUCAUUGAUUGCUUUUCUUGGUUGUGUUUGGCAAUUGAUCGAUGUUAGUCGAAUAUAUUUUGCAUACGAUACAAAUGUUAAUGUUAUGUUUGAACGUGAAGUUAAAGUUGAAAUUCCAGGUAUAACUGUAUGUGCUAAUCUUGGAAUGAUAGCAAAUGAAGAUUAUCUACUGGAACAUUAUCGUUCACGAUUAGAAUCAAUGUCCGAAUAUCCAGAACGAAAAUAUCGUGCAUAUAAAAAAUUGUUACGAAAUUUAACGCUAGAUGAACAAUUGAAUAAAGCAACUAUAUCGCAUAAACAGCUAUUCCAUGAAUGUCGCAUUAUGACACCGAUUGCAUUUGAAAAUAGUACUGAAAAUAAAGAUGGAUUCAUGCCAUGCAAUCAUGUUGCACCGAUACAUGAAUUUUUAACUUAUUCAAAAAAAUGUUUUUCCAUUGGUUUACAACUGAAUGAUGAACCAAAUGAUCGUUAUAUAAUUGAUCAUGAUGCAACUGUUCGUGAUAAUGGUUUUCCAUUAUUUGAAAUUCGUUUACUAAAUAAAUAUCUUGAAGCACCAGUUAUUUUUAUUAAUUCACGUACAACACCAUUUUUAUCGUUUAUUGGUGGACAAACGAAUGGUUUUCAUGUAAACAAUACAAAAUUUGUUACGCAUACAUUCAGUUAUGUGAAAACAAUAACCGAAUUAUUGGAACCACCAUUCAAAACAAGAUGUCGUAAAUAUGAAGAAAUUGGCUAUAAAUCGCUUAUGCAUUGUAUGAAUCAUUGCAAGGCAAAUUAUUUUAUACGAAAAUUUAACGGAUGGCAUGGAGAUGUACCGGCCGAUAAUAAUUAUAAUCUUAACAUUUAUUAUGCACCUGAAGUACAUAAACAGAAUAAAAGUUUGGAUAAAAUCAUGUCGGAAGAAUGUUCAGAAUUCUGUAGUAAACGACAAGAUUGUAAAAGUGAAUUCUUUACAGUACAACCUAUUGCUGAAUUUGAACGUGGUCAUGGACGUCCAGAAUGGCAAAAUCUUUAUCGUAUUAAUAUCUAUUUACCCAGUGGUUUGAAUACACAUUAUAAACAUUCACCACGUUUAGAAUGGAUUGAAUUUAUUUGUUAUUAUGCCAGUGUUAUUAGUCUUUGGUUUGGUUUUUCAAUCAUUGCCUUUUCAAGAGCUUUAGUAUGUCUUAUUCAUCAAAAUUCACUUGCAGCCAAAAAGAAUGCCGAGAAUAAUAAUUCAUUAAAGGCCGAUAUUAAAGAUGGUCAAACUAAUGGUGGUUUUAAUCAAACACCACGAACAUCAAUCAGCAUAUCAUCUUGAACGGAUAUAUCACUAAUUUUUUUUUCUUCCCAUCAUCAUUAUCAUUAUUAUUAUUAUUAUCAUUGUAUCUCAGUGGAAACAGUUUUCAGCUUUUUUUUACUUAACAUUUCAUUUACAAUCCACUUUUUUUUCUUUU